AUGAAGAGAAGCCUCGCAUUGAUCAGCACCGACAAACGGGGAAAUUCUGGGCAGCAGCUCAGCACGAGCUCCUGCAAGAGAGAAACGCCGGCGGCACAUGCUGCCCUCUUUUGCUGCCGGGCCAUCAUCGUACUUAGGACUCCUUUAGGAGCGAGGAGGACGAUGCCGGUGCAGAACGUGAGUAGGAUGGAGGUCUCGUAGAACCCGAAGAACAGCAGGCUGCUCACCGGCUGCGGCGAUUGAGCCAAGAGAAGUGCAAACGACGCCGAAAUCAGGAGAAGAGCAAACAGCUGAUAAAACCUCUGUGCUUCCUCUCCUCCUCCGAGAAGAGGAGGCGCCACUCUUCCCAAUGGGGGGGGUGUUGA